CACAAUGAUCCAGGCAGGGAAUGUGGCUGUUAGUGAGGGUGAGGCAAGGUGACACUACCCUCAAUCUGACCAAGUUUGUCGAUGAGUUGUGGACAACAAUGACAUCUCAAAGUUACUCACUGGGCAGCGAAGACUCAUCGACGCAGAAAUAAUUGCCAAAAUCCCUUUCCUUUCUCUCUCUAUAUUUUCUCUCUCACUCUUCCUUCCCUUCCAUACCCUAUUCAAUAAUUCCGUUCCUCAACCACCACCAAAUCCAAAUUCGCCUACUCCAAUGCCGCCUCCCACCGUCUGCCCCUAAGAUUCUCCGUCACUUCAUCGCACUGAUUGAUAGUUCUUGGUUAAUCGGAGCCUUCUUGUUUUUGUGGAUUAUCUUUUCGUAAAACUGUAAUCGUUUCGGUGGCGGGGAUGGGCGGAGGCGGAGCGCAGUCGCAGACGCAACAAGCGGCGGAUGUGGCGGAGGAGCAGUACGUGAAGGCCAAGAUCUCGGUCUGGUGGGAUAUCGAGAACUGUCACGUGCCGAAAGCGUGCGAUCCCCACACUAUCGCGCAGAAUAUUAGCUCCGCCUUAGUCAAGUUGAACUACUGUGGGCCCGUCUCCGUCUCUGCCUACGGCGACACCACCAGGAUCUCCUCCUCCGUUCAGCAGGCUCUUAAUAGCACUGGAAUCGCGCUUAAUCACGUCCCUGCAGGUGCCAAGGAUGCGAGUGACAAGAAAAUUCUGGUGGAUAUGUUAUUUUGGGCAGUUGACAAUCCAGCUCCUGCAAAUUAUUUGUUAAUUUCCGGAGAUCGAGAUUUCUCAAAUGCUCUUCACCAGCUUCGCAUGCGCCGCUAUAAUAUUCUUCUAGCACAACCACAUAAAGCUUCUGCCCCACUUCUUGCUGCUGCAAAGAGUGUUUGGCUCUGGACAAGUUUAGUGGCUGGAGGACCACCAGUUAAAAAUGUCGAUUCUUCCCAAAUUCUAAACAACGGUUAUAGAUUUGCAGCAGGCACUGAGCCAUUAGGUGCGGAAUCCAUUCAGGCAACCCAACCCAUGGAGUCGUAUCAUCAAAGCUUACAUCUUGGAAAUCAGAAAUUUUCAAAUAUGGCGAGAGGAGUUGACCCAAAAUAUAAAGGGAAACUGCAUCGUAGAAACUUCACCCAACAACCUAGUAUGCCAAGAAGCUCAAAUACCAUGGGUGGAUCUGAAGAAGAUUAUAACAAUGUCAACCCCCGGAAACUGGCCUUUGGACAGUCUAAACCGUUCAACAAUGGUACUUACAACCCUAAGUUUGCAACUAGCGGGCCAGGAUCCUCUUUUGUUCCCAAUUCUUCUGAUUCUUCUUGGAAUAACAGUUCCAAUUCUCAUGGAUCUCAUCAAAAUCAUUUUCAUCCAUCAGCAGCAGGGGGAAAUGGAGUCACUGUUGAACCUGCAAUGCUGCCUGUUAACUCAUCAAGUACUGCUCCGCUUUGGCGUCCUCCUAUUGCAAUGCCUAACAGGCCAGAUUCACAGAACUUGGGCUCUGGCGCUUCUUCAACUUAUUUAACUGAUUUUGGCAAAUUAAAUAUCUCCGAGUACUCUAGAAAUGAAUGGCAUCCUCCUGCUUCCCAACCAUUACAAGGUGGGUGGGAGAGAAGACCAGCUUCUAGUGAAUCUUCAGUUCCCUUUGGCUUUGAAUGUCCACAUGAGGCUUAUAACACACAAAGCAAACCUUUUAAUCAAGACAUACAGACCAGUCUGUCAUCCCAAGUUAUGCUAGAAAGUACACUGUCAUUUUCUUCUGCACUGGAAGCUGCUGUCCCGCCAGAUAAUAGUGUUUGGGGAGCACCUGGAUGCCUUAAACCUUCUGAAUAUGUACAAGGUCUUAUAGGGGUUAUUAUUCUUGCUCUAAACACCCUUAAGAAAGAGAAGAUUGUGCCAACUGAGGCUAAUAUCACCGAUUGCAUUAGAUAUGGAGAUCCUAGACAUCGUAAUACCGAUGUUAAGAAAGCUUUGGCAUCUGCUGUUGAGCAGCAGCUGGUAGUAAAACAGCAGUUAGGUACUCUGCAGAUGUUUGUUGGAAAAAAUGAGAAACUAUGGCAAUGUGUCAAUCCAAUCGCCGGUAAUGAGAAGCACUAUGCAAAAUCAAUAUGGGAUGAAAUUCUCAAAUUUCUUUCAUCCUCUGAAGGACGAGCUUCAUUGCUGAAUGCUCAAUGCAGGUACGAGGCAGCUACAGUAUUGAAACAGAUGUGCUUAAAAGAGAUCUCUUUGGGUGAAAUACUCCAGAUCUUGCAUAUGGUAAUUACCAUUAAAAAAUGGAUAGUAUGUAAUUAUCAGACUGGAUGGAAACCCAUUAAAAUUAUGGUUGCAGAGAUCAACCCUGACAUGGGGUUGGCCGCUGCUACCUAAGCUCACAAAGCAUUUUGUUAUGGGAGGGGAGAGGGGGUCAAGGAUGCAAUGCUUUGCCGUGUGUCAUGCGAGUAAAUUUCAGUGAACAAUGUGUUAUAUGUGGCAGCCCUUUCUUCCCUUUCACUUGGCUGCAGAUGAAGCAGCCGUGGAUGAUAGAAAAGUAGUAGGUUUAUAUUCUUCUUUAGUGUUUUUUUUGGGAUAACGCCGAAGCACUCCCAACAAGAGAUAUAUUGGAGGUCAGAGAACAUCAAGACUGCUUUAUUUUAUCUGCUCAUCAAUGUGGCUUCUCUACAGCAUCAGCAACCUUUGUGGGCACUCUGUGGUAUAAAUCAUCAGAUGUUCCUUCCAGGUACAUUGUGGAAUAUCAAUAUUGAAAUUCUGAUACAGCAGCAACGCAUAAAAUUUCAAACGAGUAUGUUGUUGAACGUACAAGGGUUCAUCUGAUUCCGUAAGAUCCUAUUGUUAACUAAAGCUGGGAGAUAAUUUUGCUGUUACAAACCUUUACUUGCUGGUUUUGGCUUGGUGCUUGGAGAGCCGGAAGUUGUGCUGGACUGAAAAUUUGACUUGAGGUUCGAUAAUGAACAGAAUUCUGCUAGAUUUGGCACUGGAUUAAGAUAUGAUUACGAAAGAUUCAGGAACGGGGGAGACAGAGAUUGAGACAGGAUGGAACUAAAAUUUUUUGAUUGGGAGAUCAAAGAACUUAGUAUGGCAUGGCAAUGAAGCAGUAUAGUUUCUAGAAGACAUUGCAACCCAAAUCAACUUUU